CCGGAGUAGGGCAGGGAAGACUGGCGGGGCCGUGGGGUCAUGGCUGCCCUCCUCCGAGCCGUGCCCAGGUGCCAGAGACCAACUGCCUGGAGAAGGCUGUGGUCCUGCAGUGGGCAGGAAGACCCCAAGAGGUGGGCAGGCAGCAGGUCUCCCACCACCCAGGAGACUCCAGCGGGCGUGGAGAGCGAGAAAUUCCAGAUGGUCUACCGCUUGCACGCCAUCCGGGCCUUUGGGUACCUGUCUCGGCUGAAGGUGGCCCAGACUGCCCUGACAGUGGUGGCCUUGCCGCCCGGCGUCUACUGGUUCUCACAGGGCCUCAUGAGUCUCCACUCGCUGUGCCUCCUGACUGGGGUGUCAGGCUUCGCGCUGGCCAUGCUAUGCUGGAUGAGCCACUUCUUCCGGAGGCUCGUGGGCAUCCUGUACGUGAACGAGUCGGGCACCGUGCUGCGGGUGGCUCACCUGACCUUCUGGGGCUGGCGGCAGGACACCUACUGCCCCGUGGCCGACAUGGUCCCCCUGUCAGAGACGAAGGACCGGCCCCAGGAGCUGUUCGUGCGUCUCCAGCAGUACAGCGGGAAGCACACCUUCUACCUCUCCCUGCGCUACGGCCGCAUCCUGGACAGAGCGCGAUUCACACAGGUGUUCGGGGAGCUGGACUCACUCAGGUGAACAGCCAGGCCUCUGGGAAGCCCUGGGGCACUGGAUUGAUGAUGGAAAAGGCCAGCAACGGAGGUGGCCUUCUGGAGGUUCUGUCAGAGCCCGUGUGAGGA